AACAUACCACAUGUGACACAACAUAAAAAAAUAUACAAAUAUUGAAAAUAUCUAAAUGAAAAAGUGCAAAGGCCGUUUAAGCCAAGAUAGUGGCAACAUAUUUCCUUCGACCUUAGAACCCCCACAUGGAGUGGUCUAAAGUGAUGUGACCGAACCUAAUCCGAUUUCAUCGAUUUGUUCCGGUAAAUGUGAUACUGCCAUCUCAGCGGCUUGCAAGAUACACAUUAUUAUUGCAAUGGCUUCCAGCAGUAGCAACAGUUUUCACAGAAAAAGUCACCGCUUAACACAUGUGCCGCAAUGCGGUCUCAGAACUGCCGCAAGCAACACGAAUGUAGCAAGAAGGCAAGAAGUAGAAGAAGAAGAAGAAGAAUGCUACUAUUAUCAACCACCUACCUCCCAGCUGCAGCAACAAAAACAACAACCACAGCAACAACAACAACAGCAAUGCCGGCAACUAUUGCAGUUUGUCCCAUGGCUGAGCGCAAUGACCGCAUAUCGAUUGCUGACAAUCAGCCUCCUAAUUGGAAUUCUGUGUCUACAUCACGUUCACGGAGCAGAUCCCAAAUUCGACCCCUCCACGCGCAUGAGGCUGGUGCUGGUGCCGGCCGACGCACAGGUCGGCUCUGUAAUCUACAGAUUGCGUGCCACUGACGAGGAGUUCGACUAUCCACUGACCUUUGAGUUUAUGGGCGAUGCAUCGUCGUCCACCGUCAAGGUGGAAUCGCUUCCAUGCACCAAGUACAAUUCGGUCUGUCAGGCAAAUGUUGUCUUACAGCGACGUCUUGAGCCGGGCCGCUACUAUGACUUCCAAGUCUCUGUGAAGGACACAAAUGGUGGCAUGACCACGCAAUUGUGUUCAAUUACAGCGACCAAUUUCAGCACACCUCAUGACCUUAUAUUCCCACAUAAGCCGGGCAUUAUCAUGAUACCUGAGGAUGCAAAGCGAGGCUCAGAACUCGAUUAUGUUAUUGCCCGGAAAAACCCACUGUUUCAAAAACCAGUCUACCUCGAGUUAUGGGGUUCGCCAUUAUUUGCUAUAAGACAAAAGAUAAUAUCUGCUGAGACAACGGAAGGCACCGUUUUCCUUUUGGGGCCAUUGGAUUUUGAGAAGCAAGCAAUGUACCACUUGACCAUUCUGGCCAAUGAUGCAUAUGCUGAGCCUGGACAAGAUGGACGCAAUAUCGCAGGCAUGGAGAUUGUUGUCAUUGUGCAAGAUGUGCAAGAUCAGCCACCCGUUUUUACUUUGGCACCACCGGUUACAAAAUUACCACCCGGUAUACUAUCAGGCGACAAGAUAUUGCAAGUACAUGCAGAGGACGGGGAUAAAGGAAGCCCGCGGGAAGUGCGAUAUGGCUUAGUUUCUGAAAACAACCCAUUUACCUCAUUUUUUGACAUCAACGAUACCAGCGGUGAAAUCUUCUUAAAGAGACCGAUCGAAGACAUUGCGGCCAUCACGCACGUGGGCGAUCCCGUCUUGCUCACCGUAAUUGCGGAAGAAGUUAAGAUUGGUCGUGACGAACCUCCAGCCAUGGCUUCCACGGUCCAAUUGGCGUUCUUUUUGCCGGAUCGUACCAAUUCACCGCCCUAUUUCGAGAAUGAUCACUAUGUCUCACGAGUGGAUGAGAAUGCCUCACAGGGUUCAGCACUGACGUUCAUCGAUCCGUAUGUGCCACGGGUCUACGACGACGAUACUGGAAAGAACGGAGUCUUUUCACUGACAUUGCUUAACAACAAUGGCACCUUUGAGAUUAGCCCAAAUGUGGCCGAACGCAGUGCAUCCUUCCUAAUCCGAGUGCGUGACAACUCCUGGUUGGACUACGAGCAACGGCACUCGGUGCAGUUCAAUAUACUUGCCCAGGAACUGGGUCCUGCCACAAAUCUUUCGGCAAUGGUCAAUGUGACCGUUUAUAUCAAUGACGUCAAUGACAACUCACCGGUAUUCGAUCAGCCGGAAUAUACCGUGGAACUGCCAGAGAACAUGACAGUCGGCACAAAGGUUGUCCAGGUCCAUGCAAGUGACUUGGAUUCGGGUCUGGGUGGCAAGGUGCGAUACACUGCUAUCUUGGGUUACCUGAACACGUCGCUCAAUCUGAAUGCGGAGAACGGCUCGAUAACGGUGUCAACCGAUAGUCAUGGCUUUGAUCGGGAAGUAAUGCCCGAGUACCACUUAUAUGUGGAGGCACGGGACAUGGACGGCAAUGGCAAUCGUGCCCAGGUCCCUCUAAUUAUUAGGCUAAUCGAUGUGAACGAUGAGACGCCCAUCUUUGAAAAGGAUUUGUACGAAUUUAUACUGGCAGCCGAUUUGACCAGUUUCACAACCAGUGCAAUUAUACAUGCCACAGACAAGGAUGCCACGGCCCCGAACAAUGUUGUGCGCUACGAGCUCAUUCACGGUAAUUACGAGAAUAAUUUUGUGCUCGACAAGGUAACGGGCGAGUUGACGGUGCGGCAAAAGAUCAAUCUUCGCUCCAAGAAGAGCGCCGGCAUGCGAAGGCGCCGCGAUGCACAGGACAUGACCAUUUCGGAUGCUGAAAGCGAUCUAUUCAUACUAACCGCUCGGGCCUAUGACUUGGGAGUGCCAGUCCGGUUUUCGACGACGAGUAUACGCAUAUAUCCGCCGGAGAGCCGAAAGCGCAUCGUCACAUUUGUGGUGCCAGGAAGCAGCUUGGAUAAGCGAAAGACAGAGGAGACUCUCUCAGCCAUAACGGGUGGCAAGGUCUUCAUUCACGAAAUACGACCACUCAGACCGGAAGAGCCGGGUGCCAAGGACCUCCUCGAUGGUAAUCCCAACAUUAAGGAACGCAGUGUGGUCACUGCAACGGUUCUUUAUGACAGCUCAUCUGUCGUGGACAUCUCGCAGAUACAACAGCGACUCUCACAGCAUAAUAACUCCUAUGCAAUCAUGCCACAAAACACGGCGGCCUCAGACACACAGUACAAAGCUGAAAAUAAGGUUUUGUUUUGGCUGCUCAUCCUGCUGGCCACUCUGGUUGCUCUGACGAUCCUGAUUCUGCUAAUGUGCUGCAUAUGCUCGUGGUGUCCUCUGUAUGGUGCAGCUACCAAAAGAAUAGUUAAUAUCAGUAGAACUGAAGACGAUGUACAUCUAGUGCAUAGAGAAAUGGCAAAUGGAAAACAAACAAAAUCUGUUCAGGUCGCCGAAUGGAUGGGAAGACGAGAGGCCUGGUCAGCGGAGAAGCCAUCAAAUACGCGAACAAAGCCAACCCGCUGGGAGUUCCGGAAUGGACAUAAACAGCCAAACGAAAACUUAGAAAUGGAGCACGCUGCUAUUAAUACCGAUGGCGAUGUUGUACGCCGUCCAGAAUCCGCUGAAUAUCAGCAAAGACGCGUCCGCAUUAAAAACAGCCACACAGCCAAAGAAGACCCACAUCAUAGUUUCCAUAAUUCUAGAACUAAUUUAAUCAACGACCGUGACGUUUACAUUGAGGACGUAAUGGACGAUCGGCGUCUGGUGGAAAUGAAGGAAAAACUGACGCGUACAACGGAGAAUAGACAAUUGGAGAAUGCACGUUUCAAGAACUACGACAAGGAUGCUCGACAGAUUGACGACGACUCGAUGAGAAGGCACGAAAUAGAUCGUGGCAGCGAUGUUGGCUUUGGCACUGCACACAACAGUCUCAAGAAUAAACGAGAACUCUUCAUAAAAGACGGCAAUGUCGAGAUUCUACAGCUGAUGACCAGGGACAAGACUCGCGACGGUGCUGCCUUGGACGAUGAUAAUAUUUACGUGAAUGUGCCAAUAAAGUCAUCGACUAAUCUUUCGCAGCCACAGCUGCUGAUGGUGGACAAUACGGGCAAGGAGAUACUGAUGCGGCGAUUCAUAGAAGAGCAGCCAGACGGAAAGCAGAUUAUUCGGGAGCAUUAUCAUAUUGUGCCAGGUGCCACAUACAUUCAGUCAAUGCCCAACGAAAUACUUCAGGAAUCAACGCUAAAGGGCGAUACGUUUCCCUUGGGUAAAUCGGGACCAAAUAGCAUUGUCUACUCCCAAACGGAGCCGGAGGUGAAAGUCAUUCACACCCAGUCCGUUCAGGGCGAAGAGGAACUAACUCAACUGCAGCCAGUUGUGGGAGAUCAUACGCUUAGCAACGAACUGGAGCACUCGCUGAAGCAACAGAAUGCGCUCCUGCGACAGAUCCUGCUCGAAAAGGAAAAACUCGAGACGAGAUACACCCAGCACGAAAUUGUCCUGGAGACCCAAAGUCUGCCGGGCCAAUCGAUGGCGAUUGGAACACAAACCGAUUGCGAUGCUGGCACCCAAACCGAACCGACUGACGGCUAUCUGGGCAGUUUGAAGGCCCGGAGAGCCCGGAGCGAAAAUGAUGAUUCAAUGUCCGAGGAUGAGUACAAAUAUGUACGCUUCAGUCCACCAAAUAGUCCCAAUGGCAUGUACUGGAUAAAGCGUCGUCGUCCCAAAAGGCAACCAAAACUCCGGGGCAGCUCACAGCCACGGAAAAGAAUAGUUAUGGUCGAGGAGGUGAAGCGCAAGAUAAGGACACCCAUACGGGAGGAGGAGGAGGUCAACGAGGUAAGGAAACGUGUGCCGCCCAGAAAACCACUACGGGAAACCAAAACGAGUAUUCUACGGAAGCAGCUAAGCGAUGAAAGCCGUAGAAUCGACGGUGCUGCUCAACACAAGGAAACCAAUGGAAAACACAACAAAUCCGAAGCCAUUAGCCGAGAGGUAUUAAUCGAAAUAUCCGAUUCUCUCGACGAAUUCAGUAGUCCGAGAAGACAACAUCGAACGCAUCAGUACUACGAGAACAUUGAUGUUGAAGUCGAUGAGAACAGCACCGAGUACUCAAUUGACUCGGACGAGGGUGAAAUUGUAAUUAGGACAAAUGUGAAUCCAUCUGGAAGAAAUAGCUAUGCUAAAAGGUCAAGCGAAACGGAGCAACCCCAUGAAGUGCAGAUGAAAACUGUAUCCCACCAAAAUAGAGGCAUGAGCACCACUUCACCAACGGAUAUGCAACCUGAUAUACAACCCGAGGCUAGACCGAGAUUAUCACGUCGAGACAGUUCGAGACGUAGCCAAACCUCAACACGAAUGCAAACGUCUUCGGAACCGCCAAACAGUCGUUAUUCAAAUUCCAAAUACGAAAUGACUCCAAGUGAAAUUGGCCGAAAUCACGAUAAUAUUUCCAGUGAAAUGAGAGGUUCGAAAAGAUCCCUAAAUCGCUAUUAUCAAAGUGAAACGGAACUGGGCGCUCACGAUGAGCAAGCAAACGAACAGAAAACUGUGCCCAAGUACAUGGAAUGGUAUUACAGUAAGAAGAAGACCCCCUCCUCGACGGAGUCAUCCAAGUCGCACUUGUCACUAAAGAAGAAGAGUGCACCCGAGAAGCGUGUGUCGAAAACCCGUACAAAGUCAAAGCCGGAAGAUAUAGCAACGCAUGACGAUGCGGGAAAAUUCAAGCCGGAACCGGCUCCGCGAAAAUCUCCGCCAAAAGGCAGUCGACUGCUGAAAGAGGAUCGAGCCCUGAAUAAGCAGCACAAGCCCAAAGUCGAGACUGACAUCAAUCAUCCGCUCGUGCAGCAUUCCGAGCACCGUUUCGAGCGUGAGAAUGCACCGGAAGUGCCACCAGCUCCCACCAAAUUGCCACACUACAUGUAUCCAGAGACACCGCCAUAUGCGACAGCAACAGAAAAGGAUAAGGAUCAGCAGAGGCACAAACCGAAGCCGUCGCCUAUCAAAGAGAACGAAGUCAAGUUAACAAAAUCGAAAAUAAAUCUUUAUAUAGAAGAUCCAAAUGCUGCCAUCCCCCAUCCACAUCCACAUCCCCAGCCCCAUCCGCAGCCCCCAUCGCAAGCCCAAAAGCAGUUGAAUGCCUCAACCUUAGAGGAUGACCACGACUCAGGUAUUGCCAUGAACUCACUGAUGAACAGCAUGGGCCGUCGGAAUCCCCUAGCUGAGAAGAAGAGCGUUUUUUCAAUUGCUUACGAUGAUGUUAGCCGCGUCAAGAAAAUACCAUCGGGAGGAGAGUCUCCGCAAUAUUCAUAAAUGCCGGCAACUCACAAACGUUUAAUUCGAAUAACCAAUAUAUGUGAUAGCCUCUAAGGUUCGUUAUAUUUGAAGCAACUUGUAUACAACGCCCCUAAAAUACUACGCUAAAUUAAGUCCAUUAAGUCUUUCCUACGCAUAAGGUAUAAGGCAUAAGUAUGUGGAUAAGGAAAUUGCAACUAGUUUUAGUGCA